AUGGGUCGAUUAUGUAGCGUUAUAAAUUGUUCAACUCGCAAUUCCAAAGUGACACCUGAACGUAUAACAUUAUUUUCAUUACCAAAAGAUGACUACUUAAAAUCUCAGUGGAUUAAUGUAGUUUGUGCUGUUAACAAUAGAGAAACUAAUGUCAAAUUUGUAUGUGCCAAACAUUUUAAAACUGAAGACAUUAAAAGGACAUAUUAUGGCUCUGAAAACUUAGGCUCUGAGGUAAACAAUGCUGAUGUAGAGUAG